AUGGAGGAAAAGAAAGGGGAUGAUAUUUUUCUAGAAGAUGAAGAAGAUUUGGAGGAAGAAUCCCAUGAUGAAGAGAUUAAGUUGAUAGAGCAAGAGCCAACUGUGCUGGAAAUAGUAUCACCCCAACCUGAGCUUAAGCCAUUGCCAUCGACUUUAAAAUAUGAAUUCCUCAGACCAAAUUCCACUUUUUCGGUUAUAAUCAAUGCUAGUCAAACUGAGUCUGAAACACAGAGGUUGGUCGAAGAGUUGAAGCUACAUAGAAAAGCAAUUGGAUACACUAUUGAUGAUAUAAAAGGGAUUAGUCCUUCCCUUUGCAUGCAUAGGAUUCUACUUGAGGAGGGCUGUAAAAAUUCAAUUGAGCGCCAGAGGAGGUUGAAUCCAAAUCCGAAAGAGGUAGUAAAAAAGGAGGUGCUCAAACUUCUUGAUGCUGAUAUCAUUUAUCUAAUUUCAGAUAGUGAAUGUGUGAGUCCAGUACACGUAGUCCCAAAGAAAGGGGGAAUGACUGUUAUAAAAAAUGAGGAUAAUAAAUUGAUUCCAACACGGACAGUAACGGAGUGGCGAAUAUGUAUUGAUUAUCAAAAGCUGAACAAGGAAAUGAGGAAGGAUCAUUUUCCCUUACCUUUUAUUGAUGAAAUGCUUGAGAGAUUGACUAAGCACUCCCAUUUUCCAGAGAUAUAUGAUGUUCUUCGAAGAUGUGAAAAGGCAAAUUUAGUGUUAAAUUGGGAGAAAUGUCAUUUCAUGGUUAGAGAAGGAACCAUUUUGGGACAUAAAAUAUUAGAACGUGGGAUUGAAGUGGAUCAAGCAAAAGUUGAAGUGAUAGAAAAACUGCCCCCACCAAUUAAUGUAAAAGGAGUGAGAAGUUUCCUAGGGCAUGCCGGAUUCUAUAGGCGUUUUAUCAAGGACUUUUCAAAAAUUGCUAAGCCUUUAACAAAUUUGCUAAUCAAGGAUGUUGAAUUUUGUUUUGACAAAGAAUGCAUGGAGGCCUUUAGUAAAAUUAAAAGUGCCCUUAUUUCAGCCCCGGUAAUUCAAGCUUCAGAUUGGAAUCUUCCAUUUGAGAUAAUGUGUGAUGCAAGUGACUUCACAGUUGGGGCAGUGUUAGGACAAAGAAAAAAUAAGAUUCUACACGCUAUACAUUAUGCAAGUAAAACGCUUGAUGCAGCUCAAGUGAAUUACUCCACUACUGAAAAAGAACUUCUAGCAGUAGUAUUUGCAUUUGAUAAGUUUAGAUCAUAUCUGGUAGGUUCAAAGGUAAUAGUUUAUACUGAUCAUGUAGCUAUCCGAUAUUUACUAAGCAAGAAAGAUGCUAAACCAUGGCUUAUCAGAUGGAUUUUACUACUUCAAGAGUUCAACCUCGAGAUUAGAGAUAAGAAGGGAGCAGAGAACGUAGUGGCUGACCAUUUAUCCAGAGUUUGGCAAAAUAAGGAAAAGGAUGCAGAUUUUGACCUACCUAUUGAUGAUAUUUUUCCUGAUGAGCACCUUCUAGCCUUAUCGACGGUGGAUUAUGUGUCCAAAUUGGUAGAAGCUAUAGCCUCUCCUACAAGUGAUGCGAGAACGGUUAUCAAAUUGUUUAAAGGCAUAAUUUUUCCGAGGUUUGGCGUACCUAAGGCAGUCAUUAGUGAUGGGGGAUCACACUUUAUAGAAAGACAGUUUGAGAAUUUGCUCAGAAAAUAUGGAGUGAGCCACAAAGUAGCAACGCCAUAUCAUCCACAAACUAAUGGGCAAGCUGAGAUCUCUAAUCGUGAAAUUAAAGCCAUACUAGAGAAAACCGUAUCUACUUCACGAAAGGAUUGGUCAUUGAAGCUAGAUGAUGCCUUAUGGGCGUAUCGUACUGCCUACAAGACUCCUAUUGGGAUGACUCCAUAUCGGUUAGUUUAUGGGAAACGUUGUCAUCUUCCAGUAGAAUUAGAACAUAAAGCCUAUUGGGCAAUUACGAAUCUAAACAUGAAUCUCAAGGAAGCAGGGGAGAAAAGGAAGCUUCAGUUGAAUGAGCUUGAUGAAUUGAGAUUGGAUGCUUAUGAACAUGCUAGAUCUUAUAAGGAAAAAAAAUAA